AUGGCGAUCAUACCUGACGAUAGCCCUGUCCGACUGCACUUCCUCCUGCCUGGGGACAUUGUGUCCAUACUCAUCUCGCUAAUUGCUCUUCCUGCAAUUGCAAUAUUCAUCGUAGCAAGAUGGCCGAAGGAGGGAACGAGAUGGACUGUUGCGACUUUCUUGUGCUUACUGUGCUACGCGACGGAUAUGAUCUUCAUCACCACAGUCACAAUGCUGGUACACACACGAGCAACAUUGACACCCGAACUUUGCGACUCUAUGAUGAUCAUCUGUGUGAUUCUUCACAAUAUCGCUAAAGCUACAGAGCUUGCUUUCCUUAUCGAAAGAGCAUACAUCAUCACCUGGCCCGUCAAGUCAAGACACGAAACUCCAGAAUACAUUCUGAGCACCGUCGGCAUCUUUGUUCCCUAUGUCACGGUCACGGCCGUCGCUAUUGCGUACCGCAUAGCCUACGUUCUCGACACCGAAGUCUGCAUCAUUGGCAUGCGGAGACUCACAUUGAUGCCUAUGCUUGCCGUCGAGACCGCAGCACAACUCUACCUCACCCUGCGAUUCCUACAGCCACUACUCCGGGUCCACCAGGACGGCAGCGGCUUGCUAUCGCCUCUUCGGAAAGUCGUGAUUCGAACUUCCAUCGGAUGCGCGAUAACCAUGCUCUUGGACGUAGCAGUCAAAGUCUCCUUAACGCUAUUCAAUGGCGAGCCAAGUUGGCUAUGCUAUCUCACUUGUAAAGCCGAAGCCUUCCUCGCUGCCAGCAUUCUGUUUUGGAUUACCAAACCCGCCUUGCCAAACGAAGGAAUGACGAAUGGCGAACAAGAGCUCGGCGUGGGCUUUGAGGGAAGCGUGUCAGACUCUGUGAUCACCUCAUCAGAGCUCGCGGAGACAUGUCGACAAAACUUCGUCAAGAGAGUGUUGUCGUUCCCGAAUGCGUACGAGACGAAGAUACCGAGGACACACAGCGUAGCUCCAAAAUCGUAG